GAUUCAAUGGACAGCACGCCGAUUUCCAACAUGGGAAGCACUGGCUGAGGUUAUUUGCGGACGAAUACGGUCCAUCGCCCUUUCUCCAACACUGAGGCCUUGAGCGCGGACCGAAGAGGUGGUGAUGAAUACGGACAUGGCGACAUUUGGAAAACGGCAAGAUGCGAGAGAGGAGCGCGAUGAAAGCCAGCCCGAGCAAUCAAGGUUGCGCAGCCAAAACAGACGAUGCCACAAGCAUGGGCGUGGGAGGUUUGCGGAUGGAGUUGAUGAUGUCGCGGUUGGCGGAUGGCGUGGAUCAGCUAUUUUUAACCUUAGAUCAUGACUAAGCUUUCGUCUCGGCCAGACCCGCGCCAAUUUAAAGCGGCGAAAG